AGUUCGAACGGGCGACAAAUCGCCCCCAAACAAGGAUACAAACCGCAUUCAAAAUGCUAGUCUGUGAAUGACACGGUGAAUAUCGUAUCGGAAAGUUGACUGUGCAAACGAAGCACGAAAAGACGAAACACUCUAGAAGUUGCGUACGAUCCGCCUGUCCACAAAUGCCGAAGUCAAGAAGACGUCCAUCAAAGGCAAGGAAGCGAACGAAAAGAGCAAGGAGCAUUGCAGCAGCGCACAAGAGGAUGCGGCUUCUUGCCACAUCGUUGGUGGAACACUCUGACAGGCCCACAGGAAGGGUUCAAUACACCUGUCAUCGGGAUAAAACGUGGUCAGCUAAGCGUCAGUUCUCAUUUGACGAGAGCAGCAGCAUUCGUGGACACGGGCACGGCAGUUAGAGGUGAGGCAUGGCUCCAACGCUGAGGCACAGCCACGACAGCGGCUUCAAACUAAAAGUCGUCGACUUCGCAGACAAGACAGCAAACAGUUUACUCAUCAUGAAGGAAGAGACAAGAGAUACUGGUGUCCUUGAAUCAUCACAUUCCAGCCCCUCGGAUUCACAGCUCAAAGAAAUGCGGCUCUCCUCAGAGUUCAACGGUCAUCUGGUGAAGGUAAAAUUGGAACCGCCUGAUGUUCCAUGUCUACCAGAAGAGCCCCAGACACGGCAACAGCACUGCAUCGAGUCUUCACCAGGAGGUGAUGUUGAUGGCCUGACGGCUGGGAUGGGUCACGUGAAAGAAGAACCUCGAGAGGAGUCUUCAGACGAGCAUCCAAUCCUAGAAGUGAAAACGGAGCCCUACAACAUUGAAAUCUCGGCAGAGCAGGACCAGAUGGGACGCAACCGUGAUUCAACGUCGGAAGGAGCAAAAGAAAGCACUGGUAUGCUCCCUCUUAACGACAAGCUCGGAGGCGCUUCUGAUCAUGCAUCUUCAGGUUCUACUUCUUCAAAUGCACCGUUCAAGAUCUGCACGGAACCGUUCGAGCCACAAUUAGAAAACACUGCACAAGUCACUACGAACAGUCUGCCCACGGAGCAGCCUUCAGAUCAGACUGAGACUCAACAGGGAAGCAAACUGUUGAUGUUUGGCCACCAGGGAGACAAACUGUACACGUGCGACGUUUGUUCAGCUACGUGCAUUGACGUUGGCCACUUGGAAGUUCACCCGAAAACUGGCGAAACAAAGACAUUUUCCUGCAACACAUGUUCCGCGACAUUCCUUCGUGCGCCGACUCUGCGAGUGCGUGCAGACCGUCCCGCCGGAGAAGGGAGCUCCUACAAGUGCAAUCUCUACCCUGCGGAGGUCAGCCGCAGUAUGCACCCACGGCGUAACAAGCGCGCCCACACAGGCAAGAAGCGCUACAAGUGCGAUCUCUGUCCUGCAGACUUCAGCCGCCACACGAGCCUCUGGAAUCACAAGCAGAUCCACAGAGGCAGGCGGUACAAGUGCGACCUUUGUCCUGCACACUUCAGCCGAAGCGCAGCCCUGGUGUACCACAAGCGAAAACACACUGGCGAGAAGCUCUAUAAGUGCGACCUCUGUCCUGCGGCCUUCACCCAGGGAGCAGUGCUGCUGUAUCACAGGCGAAUGCACACGGGCGAGAAGCCCUUCAAGUGCCAUCUCUGUCCUGCAGAAUUCACCCGAAGCACAAACCUGUCGUGUCACAGGCGAACACACACCGGCGAGAAGCCCUUCAAGUGCGAUCUCUGUCCUGCCGAAUUCACCCGUAACGCUAACCUGUCGUAUCACAAGCGUAAGCACAGGGUCGAGAAGCCGAACAAGUGUGACCUCUGCCCUGCAGAAUUCAGCCACGACACUAACCUGUUGUAUAGCAGUCGAAAAACGUAUGCGCGAAAAGCCCUAAAGUCUGACCUCUGACCACAUGGGACUCCACUGUGCACCAUGCAAGCCAGCACGCAUGAGAAUGACCGUGAGGAUGAAACUGGUGGUGAACUUGAGUGUGGCUGACAAUGUUUGUUACAGAAUUGCGCUUUGGCUGGGCCUGGAGAAUGGCUUUGGUCAGGUUGUUGCUCUCCGAGAGGCAGCAAUUGUGGCUCUUUGUCAUCGUUCCUUUGACUCCCCCUGCGGGUCGUGAUCGUAUGUGUGUGUCCUUGUACGUCAUUGACUACAGCAACCUGGUUCUAAAGGAGAGUCGCCGCGAAUUCACUUUCGACCACCUCUACUCUGGAAUCCUGGAUUCUGAGAGCAGCAGGUCACUGUCACGGGGUAACACCACAAGAGCCAGUUAGCAACGUACCGUAUCUGCAGGAUUGUAACGUGCCCCCGAUUGUAACGCCCGGGGGAAUUUAGCGAGAAAAAUCGCCAAAAAAAGUUAUACAGUCAACCCUCGAUUGAUGAACACCCUCGGUUCCCCGAAAAAUCGUUCUUAAAUCGAGGGAUUCAUAAAUCGAAAAUUCAGUGAGUACUAUCGAGCAAAUGGAACAGUAUUUCCGAGAUGGGAUUGUGUGUAUAAUGCAAUACAUUGUUUAGUUUUGCUUUGGA